UCUAUGAGAAUUCCAUGUUUUUCACCUCUUCUUUGUUUUCCGUUUCAAUGUUCAUUGGUUGUAUUUUUUUUCUUUCCAUUUUUGGUUAUUAAUUAAUUGUCAAAUUUCACAGCUUGUCAAAAUAUGAGAGGUAUGAUUAACUGCCAACUUGAAAUUCUGAAUUAUGCAAGUAUUAUUAGUAAUUACAAUCAUAUUUAAUAUAACUGGGUUUAUCAUGAAGUUGAUUUUCUGCAUUUUGUUCCACUUUUUUUUAGUUAGCAAGGUUGGAUUUAACUUUCUAAAAAAAGUCCAAUUUUUGGGGGAUGGGGUGGUCUUGUAAACAACAUGUUUUUAUUUCGUCCUGGAUAAGAUUAAUGAGUAGAUGGACGCAAGAAUGAUCAAUCCUUGGAACUGAAGAUACUAUGGACAGCCUAUUCGGCAGUUUUGAGUGAUUGCCCUUAAAGCCUAACCUCGUAGUUGCUGGUUAUGGCCUUUGAACAAUUAAAGGAAGUUAAAGAACCAAACCAGAACUGGUUGGUCACAUUUGGUGCUCUUUAUUGUGCAUCUCUUGUAUAUGGCAGCCUUUUUAUGUUUCUUAUAUAACUAGGAGGGUAGUGUGAUAAAAAAUUUAGAAACUUUGGGCUUUACCAUUUAUUUUUUUGGAAAUGAUGAGUCCCUUAACGAAAGAGGAACAUGUCUGUCCGAAAGUGUUGAAUGCUUACCUGGUUUUAGCAGUGUUCUAUUUCUAUUUCCAGACUCCUGAUCUUGUUCUGCAAGAAUCAAUUAGAGCUAUCAGUUGUCACCACAGAAUUUUGUCUUGUGGUUGUACUAGUGGCCUAGCAUAUCAAAUUGAAAUACAUUCUAGAGCUGAAAAUUGGUUUUUCAAUUCUCCUGUGGUAGACAGACUUUGUCAGAGGCUAAAGUGAUUUAAGUUCAAAUGGAGCAGUAUGAAAUUCUAGAACAGAUCGGCAAAGGUGCAUUUGGUUCUGCCCUUCUUGUGAGGCACAAGCACGAAAAGAAAAAGUAUGUUCUUAAAAAGAUCCGCCUUGCUCGUCAAACUGACAGAACCCGUAGAUCUGCCCACCAGGAGAUGGAGCUUAUAUCUAAAGUUCGAAAUCCAUUUAUUGUGGAGUAUAAAGAUUCCUGGGUAGAAAAGGGUUGUUUUGUAUGUAUCAUCAUUGGCUAUUGUGAAGGAGGGGAUAUGGCCGAAGCUAUAAAAAAGGCUAAUGGUAUUAACUUUCCUGAAGAGAAACUUUGUAAGUGGCUUGUUCAAUUGCUGAUGGCACUUGAUUAUUUGCAUGGAAAUCAUAUUCUUCAUCGUGAUGUCAAGUGCUCAAAUAUAUUCUUGACAAAAGAUCAAGAUAUACGUCUAGGUGACUUUGGUCUUGCUAAAAUGUUGUCAUCUGAUGAUCUUGCUUCCUCGGUUGUUGGCACUCCAAGUUAUAUGUGCCCAGAGCUUCUUGCUGAUAUACCCUAUGGCUCUAAGUCAGAUAUCUGGUCUUUGGGAUGUUGUAUCUAUGAAAUGGCUGCUUACAAGCCAGCUUUUAAAGCUUUUGACAUACAAUCAUUGCUUAUAAAAAUAAACAAGUGUAUAGUAUCUCCCAUGCCAACUAUGUAUUCUGCUGCUUUUCGAGGGCUUGUCAAAAGUAUGUUGCGGAAAAAUCCUGAGUUGAGGCCAACUGCUGCAGAAUUACUUAAUCAUCCACAUCUUCAGCCUUACAUUCAUAAAAUUCAACUAAAAUUAAAUAGCCCCAGAAGAAGUACUUUUCCAUUCCAAUGGCCCGAGUCAAAUUACGUAAGGAGAACUCGGUUCGUAGAUCCAGAGUCUGUUUACACUCUUUCUGACCUAGAUAAAUGUUUGUCAUUUAGCAAUGACAUGGCCUUGAAUCCUAGUGUUUCUGGAACUGAACAAGUUUCUCAGUGUUCUACUCAAAGAGCACAUGGAUUAUCCACUUGUUCAAAAGAGAAGAUCUAUGAACUAUCUGUAGGUUGUGUCCGUGAAAAAUACAAAACUGACAAAUCAAAAGCCAGUAAGUUCUCAACUGUUGAGAGAACACCAAGAUCAAGAGCAGUUACGGUUUCUGCCACUACCAAAAGGCAUACAAUAGCAACAUCAAAGACAACCCAUUCUGGUCCAAAACGUGAUUCACUUCCAGCAUCUCAUGCACCAUCUAGAAAAUUUUCCACACCACCAAGAACCAGGGCAAGGGCAACACCAAACUUGUACACUAAUGUUCUUGGAAGUCUAGACUCUCUUGAUGUUUCCAUUAAUGCACCGCGAAUUGACAAGAUAGUUGAAUUCCCAAUGGCUUUCUGCGAGGAUCCUUUUUCACCUAUCCGUGGACCAUCAUCAACAUCAGCGCGCUGCUCUUCUAGUUCAGCAGGGAGUACUGCUGAUUGCUCCAUCACAAAGGACAAGUGUACAAUCCAAGAGGACAAAGUUACUCUCCCCACAAGUAUCACUGAUGCUUGCCCUGCUCCAAAGGAAACUAAAUGCUCUUAUGAGCAUGUCAAAGAUUGUGUUUCAAGUCAUUCCUCUACUGACUUGGAUCAACGCCGGUUUGACACAUCAUCGUACCAGCAACGUGCGGAGGCAUUGGAGGGGUUGCUGGAGUUCAGUGCUAGGCUCCUACAACAACAGAGGUUUGAUGAGCUUGGGGUGUUGCUAAAGCCAUUCGGGCUUGAGAAGGUUUCUCCAAGAGAAACAGCUAUUUGGUUGACCAAGAGCUUUAAACAAACUGCAGUCUAAGGUUUUCUUUUUCAUGCAUGCAUAUGAUUAUUUGCUAACUGAUAGUGUACAUAACGUUGUACAUUUGACGAUAAAAUAGUGAAUAAUGACUUUUAUUAUUGGUGUUAGCAUUUUCCUUGAGAUGCACAGUGUACUGCACAACGGGCAUGCAUCAUAUAGAAUAAUACUACACAUAUCUCUUACGUAUCAACUAUCAUCUAUAAGGUUUUCACACUAUUA